GUCAGGCCUGGUGUCUGCCCCAGGGCCCGGCGGCUAGGAGGUCUGUGCUCCUUCCCUGCUGUGCCUCAGGCAGCCACCCCCUUGCCUGAGGGAGGUUUCACUGGAGUGAGGAGGUGACGGCUGGCCUGAGGAUCCUUGCUUUCAGCCUUGCUGGCCUCUGUCCUGAGGUGCGAGUGGGGCUCGUCAUCAAAGGGAAAGCGGUCGGAGACACUCUCUGCGCCCAGGGAAACAAUCCAGGUCACAUAAAGUCACAUUUUAUCACAGGACGCAAAGCAGUGGCUCAUUACCGAGUUUCUUGAUAAGUUCUGUCCUUCAGCUUCUUCUCAAGUAUGCAGUGACCGCUGGUGGCUUUCUACGUUAGAGACCAGGAGAGAAUGCUCCAAUGGAGAGGUUUCAGAAAUUCAUUUUACUUCCUCUCAUCUUAACUUCUUCACUACCAGGUCUUAGCUUUGGUUACUCUAUUAUAAAUGGCCCUACUAAUGCAACAGUCCUUGCUGGUUCAGAAGCCCGAUUUAAUUGCACUGUGUCUGCAGGAUGGGUAAUUCUCAUUUGGCUAUCCAAUGGAAAUCCUGUCCUUACUGUCAUCAAUUCUCAAGGAGCUAUUGAAACAUCAGACCGCUUCACCUCUCAAAAUUACACCAGUGACAGUGAGUUUACCUCGGAGCUCAUCAUCCAAAACACUCAGCUGAGUGACUCUGGAAAAAUCGAAUGCAGCAUCCAGCAAACUAGUGAGAGCAGCUUUGCAUUUCUUUCUGUUCAAGUUAAUGGAUCUUUAUUCAUCAAAAAUAGCACCUUAACAGUAAAAGAGAACAGAACAGUUGAAAUUAUUUGUGAAGCCUUAGGAUGGGCUCCAGCUCCAAACAUUACCUGGAUGACAAAUGACUCUUUCAUUGAUAAGGGGAGCUAUGUUACCCAGCAAAGUCAAGGAUCUAAUGGCCUCCACAAUGCCCUGAGCAUUCUAACUUUGACUCUGAUGGACACUGAGAUUUUGACUUGUUUAGCUGACAUAGAAGCACUCCGUAACCCUCAAAAUGCAACUGUAACUCUUAUUCCUGCCAACUCUCCCUUAGAAAAUGAUUACAGUGAGGACAACAGAAGCACAUGGAUUAUUGUACUGGCAGUUGUGCUUUCACUCGUUGGUAUUAUUCUUCUGAUUAUUAUCAUUGCAGUUAUCGUACGCUGCUGCUGUCAGAAGGGGAAAGGAUCUACAUACCAAAACGAAAUAAGAAAAAUUUCAGCUGAGAAGAAAAAAGAUGGCGAUUUGGCAAACAGGAAAAGGUAUGGUAGCGAAAAUCAGGGAUACAUUCCAGAGGAACUGUGGAACACAGAACAAAUCCCAAGAAUUGCCCCUCUUCCCCCAAUGUCUGAUGCAGAUUUACGUACCAGUUCUGUACCGAAGGUGCAACCUCAAAGACAUAGCAAUUAUCGGAUCAUCCCAAAGAAAAUUAGAAACGUGACACUUGUUUAGGAUGUACUUCUUCGGGAAAUUUCUCUAUCAGUUGCAUUUUACACAUUUGGAUGGCUUCCUGCAACAGAGAAAGGUUAACCUCAGUUCUCUCGGUUUAAACUAUAACUUAUUUUUCUUUUUGUUUUUCCCUCAAUGUAAUGAAAUAAAACUGUGACCUUUACAAUGUAGUGUAUGUCAGAAUCUCAGCAAAAUAGUGGACAUAAGUGACAGCCUUAACUUCAGAAGCAAUUAAUUUGAUGGGACUCUACAAGAACAAGAAUCUAUUCUUUGGGUCUCAAGGAAAUCAGCAAAACUCCCAUCAGAGGGAAAUAUUAAGUUAUCCACAGCAAGAUCAAGGACUGGAACCACAAGAGAUUUAUCAGUUCAGAAGAACUGUUUGAUAAUAAUAAUGGUUAAUAUGAUGUGUACUGCUUUUUUAAUACCAUGUAUGUACAAAUGAUCACCUCAAGCUUAUAGAUCAACAUUUUUUCCCGUUUCCAUUCUGUAAUAAAAUCAAGGGAAGUUUUCAUGAGGGCUGUUUCAAAAUUU